UUAUUACCCUUCUUUUGUACUCGUACCCCCUUUUUUCUUUUUCUUUUCAUGUUUGAUACUAUUUUUAUUAGAUAGACAAAUGGUCGUAUAAUAUUACAUGGAAUAUAUGAUGGAAUCAAACUUGUUGCAAAAUUAUGUUAAUUUUUUUUCUUUCAAAGUAGCAUAUAUAUAUAUAAUGAUUGAAAAGAAGCACAUCGUUUGCAUAUUUUUUUUUGCUUAUAUAUGUGUGUGAUGAACAAUUAGUCAUUCAAGAAGAAAAUAUGUUCAUCACAAAAGGAUAUGUGUGUGUGAUCAACAAUUUGUCAUUCAAGAAGAAUCCAUGCUUUCGCCUUUCUUGCUUUGCACAAGAUGACAAAGCUCGUUCAGCAAAGAAUUUAACUGUCAAAGAUGAAGCGUCCUCUAAACCAACUGUCAAAUAUGAAGUAUCCUCUAAACCAACUGUCAAAAAUGAAGCAUCCUCUAAACCAACUGCUGGACCUGCGGGUCCUUUUGCCGCAACCGCUUUUGAUUGCUCAACAAUGAGUGGUCUGCUCAAUGAUCCAAGUAUCAAGAAAUUGGCCGAACAAAUAGCAGAAGAUCCAUCAUUCAAUCAGAUGGCUGAUAAGCCGGAGUUUUUGUUGUCAAUCAUGCAACAGGCCAUGAAGAUUCCUAAUUUUAAGACCAUGGCUAAGCGCCUAUGCAUUGCAUUGUUGCAGGUAUUUAUAAAAUUUCUCCACUAUUUUUGUUAUACAAAUCUACCGGUUGUUAAAUUAGAAUGUAUAUGCUAUCUAUCACAGGACCCAUCAAUGUCUUCCAUGCUUCAACAUUUUACCAAUCUACCAAAUCCACCAAAUAAAGAAGAGAUUAUGGAACACAUCAACAAAGAUCCAUCUUUGAAAGAUAUUUUCGAUGUGAUGGAGACUGGUGGUCCCGCUGCAAUGAUGAGAUACUGGAAUGAUGAGGAGGUUUUGAAGAACUUGGGACUAGCCAUGGGCAUCAACCCAAACACUGGAGAGGCAGCUGCUUCUUCUGACAAUCCUCUUGGACUAAAUCCACCAUUGUCAGAAGUUUCUACGAAGCUCGUGUUUGGAUUCAUACUCAAGCUUCAUCUAGUGGUCCAUGCGCAUAGUCGACCAGUUAUACAACGGAACAAGAACCAUUCUUUUCCUUUUUAUCUGAUUGGAUGUAGUCGUCCUAAAUCGGGUGCAAACUUAUGUGUUCAAGAAACCAAGCCGCUGUCCUGGAGAAAUGCUUUGUUGCCUUUACUGGCUGAACUUGAGGAGGAAGAGAAGGUCAAAGUGGCUAAACUGGUCGAUGUGACUGAACCUGAGAUGUUGAAGGUCAAAGUACCCCGAUUCAUAAAGGAAUUCAUUCUAAUUCAAUAUGUGCAUUGCAUUAUGGACGACAUGCGUCUGUACAACCAUAUUAGUCUUAAGACGCGUCGUUGUUACAUUUCUGACGAGGCCUACAAUCGAGGAGGCGAGCCGGCCUUGGAAGCAGCAAUUACGGGCAAAGAAAAUGAACUGGAUGCUUUAUUUGCUAAGAAGCUUAAUAUGCAGAGGCGAAAUUUAAAGCGAGAGUUUGAGAAGGUUGACAAGGAGGAGGCGGAUGACAAAAUAUGCAAUUGAUGGGUGCUUUGCCGAUGUCCCAUAUAUAGGACUAUUGAUACAAUGCUUUGUUUAGCUGCUUUGUUUAGCAUGCAUACAGUUUGUCUGUGUGCAAAUCCAGUUGCUGUAAGUGGUUAUGGUUGGUGGUCUUUUUGAGACAGUCGAUUGCUUGUAGCAAUGUUUUUUUAUUUUAUUUUAUUGUUGCUGUCAUGGAGUUUGGUUUGGGGAUACUUUAGCUUCAGAUUUCUUUUUAAUGGGCUAACCUAUUAGUAUAUGAUAAAUUAGGCUAAUGCUACGGUGGACCAGUGUGGACAAGUGAUCUACCAAAUACGAAUUUUAUAAAAUUUACUGUUAGAUUGAAA